UACUGCAGUUCUUUCCGGAGGUAUUUCGCGUGGGACUGGUUUACAGGCAGCUGCUGUUCAGUUACGAUUACUUCAAUGCAUCAUGCCGACUGAUACAAAACGUGUUCGCGGCCCCGAAGUGUCUCAGAGCCCCUCUCUGUUUAUGUGCAGACCCCCGACGGUUCUCCCUUCUUAUGGCCCCAGAACGGAUGGUCGGCAGCGAGAUCAGGUGGAUGUCCGGCCGGUGUUUGUCCGGUGCGGCCUCGUGAGUCAAGCUAAAGGCUCCGCGUACAUAGAAGCUGGAAACACCAAGCUGAUGUGCUGUGUUUAUGGCCCCAAAGAAACAGAACGGAAAGAUGAGACCGAUAUGAAAAGUGGAAGACUGACCACCGACAUGCGUUUUGCUCCAUUUUCCUGUCCGGAGAGGGGCUCUUGGAUCCAGGGGAGCCAGGAUAAGGACUUCUCUCUUAUGCUACAUGAAAGUCUACAGCCAGCCGUGUGCCUUCACAAGUACCCCCGUUCUCAGAUAGAGGUCAAUGUGAUGGUGCUGGAAAACAGCGGUUCAGUUCUGGCCCAUGCAGUUACAUGUGCCUCUCUAGCGCUUGCAGAUGCAGGAAUUGAAAUGUAUGACCUUGUGCUUGGUUGUUCUAUCCGUCAGGAUGGCGCCUCCUAUUUGGUUGACCCUACAUAUACGGAGGAGAACAGCUGGAGUUCAUGUAGCAGUGAGAACCAGGGUGGCUUGACCAUUGCAUUCCUUCCCAGUCUGAACCAGAUUUCUGGGCUGCAGUCAGAUGGUGAAAUGGCUGAGGAGACUCUGACAGCAGGGAUUCGGACCUGCAUUGAAGGCUGUUAUAAACUGUACCCAGUUAUCCAACAAGCACUGGUCAAGGCUGUCCGCAAGGCUGCCCCCCCCACCGUCAGAGAGUUGAGAGGGAAAUAAACCAUUGUUUAUAGUUUUUCUAGAUCACAACUGUCAGUUCUUACUUUUGAUAAUGCAACCUGUUUUCUACAAUAUAAUUUUCUUUGAAUAAAUAUAUUGACUUUA